AUGAACAUCUUAGUCCCGCUGGCUGCUCUAUGUCGCGGUCGACGUCCUCGCAACCGGGACACAAGGCCGUCCACGGAGCGGCGCUUCUCGGCGCAGUGGGAGAAGUCCCAAGCUGCACGACGCGAGACGUUACCGCCGGAGUAUUCGAGUGUCAGGACCGAUUCAUUGCCGGCAUAUCAACAUAAUCCGCGACAGCAGAAGCAAAAGCAACAGCAAAGCUCGAAAGGCGAACCAUCAGUACCACGACACCUUCAAAAUCCAGAAGCUGAAGAUCGCACAAAGCCAUUGAACUACGCCCUCAUAUCCGACGACGGAGUCCAACACUCAGAAAUCGAACAGCGCGCACUUGCGCAGUAUGAUUAUGUCUACGCCAUCAUCGUCCAGUCCCCCGACGGGACAACCCGCCUCCGUCGCCAGAUGGUACUUCCCUUCAACGUGGACGUGAACAUCAUGUGCGACGAGACGUGUCGCCGGCUCGGCGCUCCAAUCCAGCCUUACUACGGAGCCGCACUCACAGCGAUUCCGGGCUAUCCGGACCUCAAACCGGUAGGAACGGCGGAAGUGGAGUGGUCUUUUUGCGGCCAGCGCCAGACGCAUCGCACGACGUUCCAUGUGGUCCGCGAUCUCGAUGCGGAUUUUGUGUUGGGGAGGCCUACGAUCCGCCACCUGGAGCUGGAGAGGAUGGAUUCGGCAAUUGCGAAGAGAUUGCGCGCCUCAGAAGUGCGGUGA